UGUUUCGCGUCGGCUUCCAAAUUAUUUUCGCAACGUUACUAUUAUUUGUAAAAAUUCACAUACAACCGGAACUAAAUCAGUAUUUAUAAAUGGCUGAGGGCAAUACCGCUGGCGGUGAGGACCAGAAGCUGUCGGACAUAUUCUUAAGCGGCUGGAACAUCCUUGACGAACUGGAAGUCACCGAUCUGCCCUUCAAUGGCAGUGAAUUUCAGAACAAAGUGAAGACGGCAAUGGGCCUUUUCGAGCAGGCCACCGUCAUCGUGAACCAGGUGAGCAUGUUCAGCGCCAACGAGCUGAUCGACGAGGUAUCCACGGAAUCGCUGCCCUUCAUGCUGCUGCCCUACUUCCUGGGCAAGCUGACCACUAAGAUCAACAGUCCCACCAGCACACAGUCCAUAGAGCUGGGCGAGAUCUACUUCAAGGACCACCUGCAGCGCUGCCAGGAGUACGAGCUCUGCGGCGCUCCAAAGUCCCAACAGGUGGCUAACCAGGCGGAUAACCAGGCUGAGAAGAGCGAGCAGCGGGAGCUGAUGGAGGCGGCCUUCAAUAGGAACGACAAAAUAGCCCAGUAUCGCCGGAUGAAGGAGAUCGACGAGUAUAUGGCCAAGAUGCGGGAUGCGGUGAAGAGCAAAACCGCCGACGACGAGGACAAACGCGCGUUCUUCCUCAAGUAUUUGGACAAGAGCAUCAUUGACUCCAAGCAGGAACUGGAAUCGCUGACCAUGAUGAAGCAGCUGGCGCAGAUGCGUCUGGCUAGGAUGGCCGGUGGCGAAGCGAACGACAAUGAAGUGGAUUCUUUUCGCCAGGGAAGUCAGCCCCCUGCAUCCUCCACUUCCCGCAGUCAUGGUCACGGUCACAGUCACGGCCCAGGACACCAUCAUCAUCAUCAGCAGGCCGCCAAGCCGAAGCCCCUGCAGCCCUUCAUCAUCACACGCAAUGCCACGCAGAAGGCGGUCUUCGGUCUGGGCUAUCCCAGUUUGCCCAUCAUGACCGUGGAUGAGUUCUACCAGCAGCGCGUCGAUGAGGGCAUCUUUCCCGACGAGGAGAAGGUGGCCAAGAUGAACCAGGCACAGGCCAUUGCGGCCGCCCGCGAUCCCAACGAGCAGGAGGACGAGGAGAAGGCCGCCGAGGAGCUGCAGGCGGAGCAGGACGAUCCCGAGUAUAUAGACCGCAUGCGGCGCAUGGAUGAGUACAAGGAUGUGGUGCGUCGCGGGGACGGAAACCGUCAUAACCGCAGUUAAGAAACUCAUUAAUACAUUAUGUACUUUUCUAAAAACUAAUAAAAAUGGAUUACCCAAUGUCUGGUUUUAAGCCAUAUAUCCAAGAGGAAA